AUAAUCCAGUAGGUUCUAGAUUUAAAUUAUUAAAAAAAAGCUAAAAUCGCGUAGAUAUUUCUGUUCUUUUUAAAAAGAAAACCGCUUUUUUACCGGAAGUUUACAUUUUUAAAGCAACUCUGUUUAUAGAAGGCAGUUAUUGGUUUCCUUUCUUUAGCAGCACAACAGUCAGUUCUUUUCUCUCAAUUUUAGGGUUUUAUCUGAUCUCUAUAAUCUAAUCCAUCAGUUUCCUCUGCCUUUUCUGCUUCUCUAAAGAUCCUUUUAUUUCGUUUUGAGGUAUAAGGUAGUUUCAUUAGCUCUUCUUAGAUUCUCCUCUGUAUAGAUAUUUAUUUAUAUUCCAUUUACUGAUUGUAAAAUCUAGUCUUUUAAGUCUCUUAUUUGAGUGGGGUUUGGUUCUGAUUAUCAAAAGACUUUUAACAGUUGGAGUUGGAUAUGGAAAUGGCUUUGAGCAAAGUACGGAGUACUUCUUCAUUGAACUUGAAUCACGGUGGAGUAAAUGAGGAGGAAGAGUUACGGUUAGGGUUUGUGAGACGCACGCUUGGAUUAGGGAGGAAAAGGGUCGGCAUAUCAAAUGAGAUGGAGGAUUUUUCGCCUCUUGAUUCCUCUGCAGCCAAACUUCCACUGUUGAAAAGGCAAUGCAGUGAGAGGAUAGUCAUGAUAGUGACGUUUGAUGAUUACCAUGAAAAAUCAUCUCUUGAAUCACUUCCUCAAGAUCUUCUUAUUAGGAUUAUUUGUGGUGUGGACCAUGAAGAUUUGAAGCGACUCUUAAUUGUUUCCAAAUCAAUCAGAGAAGCUACUGUAAUUGCAAAGCAGUUGCAUUUUGCUUAUAGCACACCAACAAAGGUCAAGGCUUUUCGAACAUCCAUUGAUUUCGAGGAACCAAGUGAAUUGCACGAGAUUGAAGCUCCAAAUGCACCGAGGCAAUGGAGGUCUCAUAGGUCAAUCAACCGGAAUAAACUGGCUGAUAUUUCAGUGGCAUUGUUUGCUUGACACGAAGAAGAUUGUAAAUAGCCUGUAGAAAUAGUAGUAGUUGUUGUAGAUUAAAAGGGGAUUGAUUAGUGGAUCUGGUUGUCGGAUCAUUGUACAUGGGGUAAGAUUCUAGACAAGCAAUUUCUUCAAAUGUUUCGUUGAAGAUACAUGGUUGCUUUUUAGCUCGUUUUUGUAUCUUUGUGUACAUGAUAGAAAGAAAGGGAGGUUCCAGAUUCGGGUGUAUUUGUUUGGAGGGCAAUCUUUACCCUUCUGAUUUGAUAAAGUUGAUUCUAAAAAUAUAAUAAAUGCAGACAUUUCCUCGUAUAAA